GUGUUCACCCUCAACUAUAAAAGUGGCGCAGGCUGGGAUGGUCGGAUACUGUAGGAGAAGAGUUGGACUAAACUUACAGCCAUAAUGGAACUUUACGCACUGACAUUUAUCACACUAGUCUCCUCGUUUUACAGUGUUUUGGCGUUGUCACCUAAAGGCGUGUGUCUCCUUCAAGUGGAUGAAGGACCCUGCAGAGGUGAAAUUGAGCGCUAUUAUUACAACACUAUCACCCAAAAAUGCGAGAUUUUCUAUUACGGAGGGUGCCAAGGAAAUGCCAAUAACUUCAAGAGUUAUCAGGAGUGCCAGAAGACAUGCUUUAGAAUCCCAAAAAUUCCUCAAAUCUGCAGGUUUCCUAAAGAGGAAGGACCCUGUCGUGCCCUCUUCCGCCGUUACUUCUUCAACAUGACCACCAUGCAGUGUGAGAGCUUCACUUAUGGGGGCUGUCAGGGGAACUCCAACCGCUUCCAGGACCUCACCUCCUGCACAGAAUACUGCAGCCCACGAAAAACCGUUCCUGUGCUCUGCCUGGAUCGUCUGGACAAAGGGAGGUGCUCGGCUUCCAUUCCUCGUUACUACUACAACAAAGUCACCAAGAUGUGUGAGGAGUUCAUCUACUCAGGCUGCGGAGGGAGCAGCAACAACUUCGUGUCGAGGCAGAGCUGCAUGGACGUGUGUGUUAAAGGGCCAAAAAAGCUCACAGUCCAAGGAAAAGUGCGUCGCAUGAGGCGGAAUAAACAUAAGCACAUAACUUUCUUGCGGGUGUAAGCAUCAGUCUUGUUCUCUGGGACUCUCACUUGGACAAGCAUGUAAUGAAAAAUAACAUUAUUAACUGACUUUGUUCAUGACAAAAGGACCAGAUGGCCUUACUUUGGAGAUGUUAUUGGCACAUACAAGCAUUUUGAUAUGUCUUUAAUGUGAAUUUACUCUACACUGUUGAUGAAGUUUGUUACUACUGCACUGCACUAAUGUUCUUAAUUGUUUACUUUGAUAUUUUAUGUAUGUAAUGUAUGUUUUUUUUUUUUUAUAAGUAAGAUAUUUUGUACAUUUUCAUAACUGUGUCAUAAGAACAUUUUGAUAAUACACAUCAAAUACAUACUUUUAUCAAG